UCGAGCGCCGCUGUGUGGCAGCUCCUCCCAAAUGUGUGUAUUUUUACUUGAGUGCCAGAGGCUGUGCAGCACAGAACAGCGAUCACACUGCUGCUGGAUCCCAGGAGUAGUAGACAGAAUACGUCACCGAGGGACAAGGACGCCACUCAGAACUGAAGAAUGUUCUCUUCAGUCAAGCCCUAUGAAAAUCAGCAGUACGCUGCUCUGAAGAAGGAGUGCCAGCAGAAGAAGGUGCUGUUUGAGGACCCUCUCUUCCCCGCCGUCGACGAAUCACUCUUUUACCAGGGGAACCCGAUAGGCAGAGUGCACUGGAAGAGGCCCAAGGAGCUGUGUGAGGACCCCCACCUUUUUGUCAAUGGGAUCAGCGCACAUGACUUGCACCAGGGCCAGCUGGGAAACUGUUGGUUUGUGGCAGCCUGCUCCAGUCUAGCCUCCAGAGAAUCUCUCUGGCAGAAGGUGAUCCCAGACUGGAAGGAGCAGGAGUGGGACCAGCAGAAGAAAGAGGCCUAUGCAGGGAUAUUCCAUUUCCGGUUCUGGCGCUUCGGAGAAUGGGUGGACGUGGUGAUUGAUGACCGGCUCCCCACCAUCAACAACCAGCUGGUCUAUUGCCAUUCCAACGACUCCAACGAGUUCUGGAGUGCGCUGGUGGAAAAGGCCUAUGCAAAGGUGUAUGGCUGCUAUGAAGCCCUGGACGGGGGGAACACGGCGGACGCUCUCGUGGAUUUCACCGGGGGAGUGUCCGAGCCGCUCGAUCUGAUUGAAGGACAGAUCGUCCAGGAUGAAGAGUCGAGAAACCGGCUCUUUGAGCGGGUGCUGAAGGUGCACAACCGCGAGGGCCUCAUCAGCUGUUCUAUCAGAGCUACCACCAGCGCUGACAUGGAGGCGCGUCUGGACUGUGGCCUGGUGAAAGGCCAUGCCUAUGCCGUCACAGACGUGCGGAAGGUGAGGCUGGGCCAUGGGCUGCUGUCCUACCUCAAGUCAGAGAAACUCUUCAUGAUCCGUAUGCGGAACCCCUGGGGAGAGAAGGAGUGGAAUGGGCCCUGGAGCGACAGUUCUGAAGAAUGGCAGAAAGUGAGCAAGAGUGAGCGAGAGAAACUGGGGGUGACAGUGCAAGACGAUGGAGAGUUCUGGAUGACUUUUGAAGACUUCUGCAAGUACUACACCGACCUGAUUCUCUGCCGCCUCAUCAACACGUCUUACCUGAGCAUCCACAAGACGUGGGAGGAGGCGGUGAUGCGGGGGUCCUGGGACAGACACGAUGACCCCUUGCGCAACCGCUCGGGGGGCUGCAUCAAUUACAAAGUCACCUUUCUGCAGAACCCACAGUAUGUCUUUGACGUGAAGAAGCCUGAAGAUGAGGUGCUGAUUUGCCUGCAGCAGAAGGACCGGAGAGCUCGUCCAAAAGAGGGAAAAGGGGAAAACCUGGCAAUGGGCUUUGACAUCCACAGGGUGGAGUUGAACAGGAAGUACAGAAUGCAUACUGUCCAGCAGAAGGUGGCGGGCUCCGUCUACAUCAACUCGAGGUGUGUGUUCUUCAAGAAGGAACUGCGAGAGGGCCGCUAUGUCAUCAUCCCCACGACCUUCGACCCCGGGCACAUAGGAGACUUCCUUGUCAGAGUCUUCUCAGACGUGCCUUCGGACUGCAAGGAGCUGACCCUUGAUGAGCCUCCGCAAACGUGCUGGACAGGGAUGUGCGGAUACCCCCAGCUGGUCACUCAGGUCCACGUUCUGGGUGCUCAAGGCCUUCAAGUUCAGGGUUCAAACGGAGCUGCCAAUCCCUACGUGAUCAUAAGCUGUGAGGGAGAGAAGGUUCGCUCUCCAGUCCACAAGGACUGUCUGAAUCCAGAGUUUGAUGUGAAAGCACUAUUCUACAGGAAGAAGCCAAGGGAACAUAUUCACAUACAGAUCUACAGUAAGAAUGUGAUGUGUGACACCUUCAUGGGUCAGGUAAUCCUCACUAGUGACCCCAGUGACCUCCAGCAGGAGCACACCCUCCACCUUCGAGACAAGGGCAACAGACAAAGCAACGACCUGCCCGGCAACAUCACAGUGAGCAUCAUCACCAAAGAUGUGCUCACCAACAUAUAACGUCACUGCAGCCUUACAGCGCGUGCUGUGCGAGCGACAUGGGCGACCAAACGAUUGAAAACGACAACCCUAUAAUAAGAGCAGAUAAAAAGGUGUUCACAAGGGCUACCUGUGUUAACAACUGGCUUUGCCAGCCCAGCAGAUGGCGCAAUUUGUUCAGGAUCAACAUGCUCUACAGAAUGUGUUGAUGUCUCCUGCCUGCACAGCCCUCUCUAUAGAAGAAGUCUCCAUGGUAAUUGUUAAUGUUUGCCAAAUUACUGUUCUGUGCACAACCGUGUUGUGAUGUCAUUAACCGAUUUAUUAUUAGUCAUAGAAAGGUGCAUUUUUUUGGUUGGAGGUUCAUUGUCUUAAUUAAGUAAUAAGGACCAAGCCACAUAUACCACGCAUGUUUUCUGUGCUGAAAAAUAUAUUUUUAUGUCUUCCUAAAAUGGCAUAAAAGAUCAUUUUUUUAAGCCAGGUAAUUACACAACAUUGCCAGUAAUUAUUAGCAUGAAAAUAUGUUUAUCUAAUGAAAUAAUAAAUAGAAUAGCAUAAGGUUUAAGAUUUAUAUAUUCGCUACUGUAUAAUUUUACUUGUUUUCCAGUGUGUGUAACCCUAACCCUAACCCUAACCCCAACCUAAUACGUUCUAUUGUGACAAGUGCUUUAUGGGACCAAAGAAAGCCAUAAAAUGUUGAAGGUUUAAAUGUCUUACCACAUGCUAAUGACAAAUUGAGAUCUUCUUUCUGUCAUUCUUUGUUAACACUAGAACAACCAAAGAAAUCUGCCCAUCUAGAAGGAACGAGGGGCCAUUUUGACCCCUACUUGACCCUUCUAUGCUAUAGUUGCCAGUGGUGUGACUAAAACACCAUUAUCAUUUCUGAUAGCAUAGUGUUCUACUACUGGCAUUGAUGCUCCUGAAAGAUUUUUUAGGACACAAAAAGAUUAGAAAUCCUUCAAAACAAAAAAUAUAAAUGUACCAAAUCAUUGUGUAUUUUACUGUUUUACAUUCAACUAUAACUGUCAUUGGGGAUAUUUUAAAAUGGGGUUGAAAUGACCCCUUGUUGUUCUAGUGUUAAUGAUGUUGUUUGCACAUGACGUUGAAAAGUAAGGGUUGUCUGUGCAUGUUUCUGAAGGCUUUUCACACUCUCACAACUGCAGUGUUGCCAGAGAGCGGGAGUUGGGUAUUUAGUAUACCUCAUUUGGCUCAUACACAGUAGCAGCAAAAUAUAUAUAUAUAUAUAUAUAUAUAUAUAUAUAUAUAUAUAUAUAUGAUGUAUAUAUAUUGUGUGUGUGUGUGUAUGUAUUUAUGUUUUGGAAUAGCUGUACAUUUUGGUGUGCAAACCCUGUAAAGUUCUUAAUGGCCUUGCCUGCUAUAAAUUUGUAGCCUUUCCUGAAAGGACAAAAUGACAUACUAUUUAAAAAAAGUCUGCACUUUGUAAUCUGACUGGCUCACAGAUUUUAAGAUUAUUAUAAAAUCAUUACCACUUGUCCAAGUUUGGGUGUUUACUGGUGUGCACUGGCUGCUUUUAGGAGCUUUUACAGGUACAGGUUUUGUCCACACAAUAUUUAUGUAAACAUAUUCACUUUUUAAACUAUAGCGCAUUUUGUACCUUUUUAAAUCAUGGGGAUAUUAUUCAGGCAAAGCCUACUCAGUAUCCAUAGCCCUAGUUAGUAUAUAUAGCGUCAUAUGGCAUUGUAGAGAUAGAUGGGGCUGGCAGUCACAUGAUUUCAAUGGAACAAGGAAGGCUGUUCAGUCCUGGCAUUUAGGAUCAUCUAGACAAGCUAAAAGCCAGGCAAAGAGAAAAGGGAUAACCAGUCAAUACUGGAGUAACAGAGCCCAGAAACACUCGGCAGGACUGCAAACACCAUGAAACGGUAAGGGGAUGUCAAUCACAAUGCUAUGUGAAGGCCCUUACUCUUACAAACAAUUGCUUGAGCAGAUAGCCUUUGAGUGGCCAAAUAUAUACUGCUGGUAUGAAGUGUGUCUUAAAUUUGAAGAAGGAAAAUAUCAGGUAAUUUUGGUGUCGGUUUACAAUGAAGUCUUAGGAGUUUACUAUGCGGAAACAAGCAGUCCAAAAAAAAAACAAAAAAACAGAUGUACCGUAAUUUUUAGAGCAGAGCGCACUCCCUGUGUAUUACACGCACCCCGUUCUUUGUGUUUCAUUUAACGCCCCUUGUAUAACACACAUCAGAUUUUGCUGGCAGCUGCCAGAAGACCGGGUUAGUAGUCCUGUAGGUUGCGACUCGAUAUAAACUACACUCCUAUAAACCGGGCGCUUCGUAUAUAUCAUGCAUCCAGCGUAUAGAGAGCCGCAAUGCUUCUAAAAUGUGUGAAAGGGUGUGUGUAAUAUAAAAAUAGUGUGUUGGGUAUGCAUUUUAACUACAGUGUACUUUUGAAACAAUUUCGGUCUAGGUAGUUCCUUCAAAAUGUUAGAAUUCAGAAACAAAAGCGUCAGUAAAAGUAAUCGGCUUUGUGGGGACGGCCUGCCUGACAUUGCACGUUGCAUGAUUUUUAUUGAUUUGCUCAUAUUGCCAGUUCUCAUUCUGUUAUGAUGUGUUCCGUGGUGCCUUAGUAAUGUUCUGGAGUAUCUUUGCACCACAUUACCCUUGCAGAAUAAAUACAAGUUUAAAACUGCAGGACAAGAAUUCUACAGGCUUUUAGCAAAAUGCCAACCUUUCAUGAAGUUUCAUCGAGUUAGCAUGCUCGCCGAUACACACAACUGAGUAAUGCGACUGCAGUAACAUGGGAUGCUUGUGCACUGUUAUCAUAUAAUGGUGGCAUUCUGCAGUCUGAGAACCAAUUGCUUUAUUGUAAUGCGGCAAUAAGCUUGCCUUGAUAUUUGCAAAUGCAUUGCAUGAUAACAUUGAAUUCUCUUCUGGGUAUUUUUUUUUUUUAUAUCAAUAUUUUGUACAUUUGUGUUAUACACCCCCCCUCCCCACCCAGGGGUUCAAAGCCAAUAUUAUGUUUACAAUACUUUUUAAUGUUGUAAAAAUACAAUCAUGUGUUUAUAAUUUAGUUUUUUAUGUUUCUGCCCACACUGUUUUUUUUUUUGUUUGUUUGUUUCUUCGCAGUUUGUUUCUACUGUGGCUAUUUUAUAACUUUUUUUUUUUGAUGAUUAUUAUAAUUUUUUUUUUUUUUUUUAUGAUGUCAAAAUUUGUGGCAUGAAUUUGAAAUAAAGACUUUUAUUGAAAGCUG